AUGGAACUGGCUCUUGUUUUGCUUCUUGCAGUCGCAGCAGCUGGCUGUGGCAUUCCCACCUCCGCUCCUAGCAUCAGUAGGGUCAUAAACGGGGAAGAAGCCCGGCCUUACAGCUGGCCAUGGCAGGUUUCUCUGGAGUCGUUCUUCCCCACCUGUGGAGGUACUCUAAUCGCGGAAAACUGGGUCAUGACAGCCGCACACUGCAUAACGUUCCACACCUACAGAGUGGUCCUGGCAGAGCAUGACAUGAAGACCGAUGAGGGCCACGAGCAGUCAAUCAUGGUGGGCAAGAUGAUCCUUCACCCUGACUGGAACGGUAACUGUGUCUCCUGUGGGAAUGACAUUGCUCUGCUGAAGCUGGAGAGGAGUGCUUCGAUCAAUGACAAAGUCCAGCUGGCCUGCCUUCCAGAGAGUGGUGCCAUUCUAACCCACAACCAGCCCUGUUACGUUACCGGCUGGGGCCGCCUCUACUCUGGUGGUCCAGCAGCCACCCAACUGCAACAGGCAAUGCUUCCUGUGGUGGAGCACAGUGUCUGCAGGCAGAGUGACUGGUGGGGUAGCUCUGUAAAGACCACCAUGAUCUGUGCUGGGGGAGGGAGCAAAUCCGCCUGUCAUGGUGACUCAGGUGGGCCUCUGAGCUGUCAGGACAAAGAUGGUGAGUGGUACGUCCAGGGGGUAACCAGCUUUGUAGAUGGUAAAGGCUGCAACACCCCCCAGAAACCCACUGUCUUCACCCGCGUGGCCUCCUUCAUCCCCUGGAUCAGCCAGACAAUGGCUCAAAAUUGAAAUAAAUCUCCAAUCCUACAUACUGUAUAAUAAACCAGUCCUGAACAAUAAAAUGC